AUGGAUCAGCACGGUGACCAGCCAUGGGAGUACAAGCUGCGGAAGUACCUCCUUCUGCUGGCCACCGUGGUAGUCACCGUGACUUACGCAGCUGGCUUCAACCCGCCAGGGGGCAACUGGCAGGAGGGCGCCCGCAGCGGCCGACUCGCCGGCGACCCCAUCACCCGCGAGAUCCACUACCACCGCUACCUCGCCUUCUUCUACUGCAACGCCACCGCCUUCGACGCCUCGCUCCUGGUCAUCGUGCUCAUCCUCAUCUUCGCCGUCUGGCACGACAAGGAGAAGGCCAUCACCUGGGUCGCCUCGAAGGUCAAGCCGCUGCGGGUCGUCAUGGUGCUGGACCUUCUCAGCCUCGUGGGCGCAUACGGCGCCGGAACCUGCCGGGACAAGAUCUCCACCGUCUACACCGCGGUGCUGGCGGCCCUCGUCUUCAUCUACGCUUUGGUUCUCAAGUUUAAGGACUGGUGGUCUCGAUGCAAGAACUCCGGCUCUGGAUCUGGCGCGAUGACUGUCGAAGAAAACAAGACGAUGAAAGAGGAAGGACGGCUCCGCAAGGUCUUGAUGCUUCUCGCCACGUUCGCGGUGAGCAUCACCUACGUCGCCGGGCUGAGCACCUCGGGUGGCUUCUGGGACAGCCCCGAAGGCAGCCACCGCCCAGGCGACGCUAUCCUCAAGGAACACCACAGCGUGCGCCUGACGGUGUUUCUACUCUGCAACACCACGGCGUUCCUGGCGUCCUUGCUCAUCACCACACUGCUUAUGAUCGCCGGCAAGAAGCUCCACGACAAACUAGCUAGGUCUCGCGUGCUCUACGCGUGCAUCGUCGUCACACUCGUCAGCCUCAUCGGCGCGUACGCCGCCGGCAGCUGCAGGGAGACCGACACCACCGUCUACGUGGUCUCCUUGGUUGGCGCCGUUGUGGCAUAUAUCCUGCUCCAACUCCAUGGCUUAUGCAGUUCAGAGUCAAAAUUACUGUCUUGUUUCACUCCAGAUGAUAAUGGAAGGUCGAGAAGUGCUAGGGAAGCUCUGGACAAGGCUCGCUCUCUUGUUCUAUUGCUCGCCACUCUUGCCGCCACCAUCACCUACACAGCAGGGUUGGACCCGCCGGGUGGCGUUUGGUAG